AUGCAGCGCAGCAAAGGCAGCAGCAGCAGCAGCAGCAGCAGCAGCAAUAACAGGGGCGGAGCAGCAGCACCACUACAACAACCCCACUGCCUCCGUGGUCAGCAGCUGCAGCAGCAGCUGACGGGGCUGCAGCACAAACUGCGGCAACCGCAGCAGCAGCAGCAGCAGCAGCAGCAGCGACAGCCGACGCAGCAGCAGCAGCAACUAAAGCAGAAGCAGCAGCUGAAGCAGCAGCAGCAGCAGCUGCCAAAGCAGCAGCAGAAAUGGAUGAGGAGCUCCCACAAAGGACGCUGCGGCAGCAACGCCAGGUGCGGCCCUUUGCGCAGCAGCAGCUGCAGCAACAGCUGCAGCAGCAGCAGCAGCAACAGCAGCAGGGACAGCAGCAGCAGCUGCUGCAGCAGCAUCACUCACAGCUGCUGUCUGGAGCGACCCCAGGUUCGAGUCCGCUGCCUGCAGCAGCAGCAGCUGCUGCGGGUCAGCAGCAGCAGCAGCAGCAGCAGCAGCACUUGCUCUGCUCACGGGGUGUUGGCUGCUUCGGCCUUUACUGGGGGCAUUGGGCCGCCGCUUGAGGUGCCAUGGGCUCGCAGCAACAGCAGCAGCAGCAGCAGCAGCAGCAGCAGCAGCAACCCCGCUUCUGCUGCAGGUCUGUUUGCUGCUGCAGGGGGUCCUGCUGCUGCUGCAGUGCAGCAGCAGCUUCGCCCCUCCUCCGGCAUCUGCGCGGGGCAGCUGCAGCAGCCGGUGCAUAUACACCCCAGGCCCCUAUCAGCUGCAGCAGCACAACGUAAGCUGCAGCAGCAGCAGCAGCAGCAGCAACAGCAGCAGCAGGAUGUGCGCUGCCCCACAACGCGUCUUCUAGCGAGUGCAGCAGCAGCCUCAGAUGUUACUGCUGUAACCCCUUCGCUGCAUACGCUGCUGCUGCAGCAGCAGCAGCAACAACAGCAGCAGCAGCACGGUCUGCCUCAUCUGCUGCUGCACAGGGAGCCACCUGCUGCAGCACGCAGCGCAACACAACCACCUGCUGCUGCUGCUGCUGCUGCUGCUGCUGCUGAUUUCUCCCAUAGAGUUGCUUCGGAGCAGCAGCUUCUGCUGCAGCAGGCAGCAUACCGCCGCCGCAGCUGCAGCAGCAGCUGCCGCUCCGCCCCUCAGGGUGCUUCUUCUGCUGCAUCUGCUGCUGCUGCUGCUGCUGCUGCUUAUGCAAACAUAGAAAGACAAAGGCAGCAGCAGCUGCUGCUGUCGGAGCAUCAGCAGCAGCAGCAGCAACAGCAGCAGCGGGACUGGCAGCGACAGCAACAGGAGCAGCAACUGCAGCAGCAGCUGCUUCCUUCUCGGCAUGAUGUGCAAGAACAGCAGCGCGAACAGCAGCAGCAGCAGCAGCAGCAGCAGCAGCAGCAGCAGCAGCAGGAUUCGGGGGGUCUGCUGAUGCGUGCAUCUGCUGCUGGACAGUCACUGCUCGGCUUCGGCCGGCAGCUGGCGCGUUGCUGUCAGAGCAUCAGCAGCAGCAGCAGCAACAGCAGCAGCAGCAGCGAGACUGGCAGCGACAGCAACAGGAGCAACAACUGCAUCAGCAGCUGCUUCCUUCUCGGCAUGAUGCGCAAGAACAGCAGCGCGAACAGCAGCAGCAGCAGCAGCAGCAGCAGCAGCAGCAGCAGGAUUCAGGGGCUGGCGCGGCAGCUGCUGCGACCUAGCUCAGCAGCAGCAGCAGCAGCAGCAGCAGGCGGUGCAAACGACCAGCAGCAGCAGCAGCAGCAGCAGCGGCAGCAGCAGCAGCAGCAGCAGCAGCGUGCUCCGUCUCGCACUCCCUCUGUCUGCUCCCUCAAACGCUUCCUCGAGCCGACUGCAGCAGCAGCAGCAGCAGCAGCAGCAGCGGCUCCUGCUGCAGCAGCGGACAUCAUCGGCGGCAUGGCACAGGGGGAACUGCAGCAGCAGCAGCAGCUGCUGCUGCAGCAGCAGCAGCAGCUAUCUCGUUUUAGGAGGCAGGGCUUCUCCCUCAGUCGAGCCCGCCAGUCGCUGCAGCAGCUUGCUGCUGCGCUAGCUAACAAGGAGGAGCUGCUGCUGCUGCAGCAGAAUUACACACGGAUGCAGCAAUACAAGCAGCAGCAGCAGCAACAGCAGCAGCAACAGCAGCAGCAGCAGCAGCAGCAACAGCAGGCAUCCAAGGAGGACAUCAGCGCAGGCAGCUCUAAACAGGAGCAGCAAGCGCAGCAGCAGCAGCAGCAGCAGCAGCAACCACAGCAGCAGCAAGAGCAGCAGCAAGAGCAGCAGCACUUUAUGCAGCAGUACAAGCAGCAGCAGCAGCAACAGCAGCAGCAGCAACAGCAGCAGCAGCAGCAGCAGCAACAACAGCAGGCAUCCAAGGAGGACAUCAGCGCAGGCAGCUCUAAACAGGAGCAGCAAGCACAGCAGCAGCAGCAGCAGCAGCAGCAACCACAGCAGCAGCAAGAGCAGCAGCAAGAGCAGCAGCACUUAACUACCCAGCUUGGUGGCCGUUUUAUAUCACUGCAUGCACCCCUGCUGCUGCAGCAGGAUGCAGCAGUUGCUGCUGCUGUUGCAGCAGCAAACCAGCUGUUGCUGCUGCAGGACUCGUGCGCUAUGGACGAGCAGCAGCAUCAGCCGCAGCAGCAGCAGCGGCUGCAGCAGCAGCUGCUGCAGCGCGAGUAUGGGGGUGAAUUGCUGCUGCUGCUGCAGCAGGUCGAGGAGCAGCAAGAAGCUGUAGACAGUUCGUUGCGUUUGCUUUUGCAGCAGACUAACGCUGCAGCAGCAGCAGCAGCAGCAGCUCAGUCCGCAACCGAGGCAGCAGCAGCACAAGCAGCUGCAGCAGCUCACGAUCCUGCCUCUGACAGUCAACAACAGCAACAGCAGCAGCAGCGACAGCGGCAGCAGCAGCAGCAGCAGCAGCAGAAGAGGGAUUCUGCAGGACUAACGCUGCUGCAGCAGCAGCAGCAGCAGCUCAGUCCGCAACCGAAGCAGCAGCAGCACAAGCAGCUGCAGCAGCUCACGAUCCUGCUUCUGACAGUCAACAACAGCAACAGCAGCAGCAGCAACAGCAGCAGCAGCAGCAGCAGCAGAAGAGGGAUUCUGCAGGGUCAGGGCAGCGGCGUUUGA